UAUCAGGACAGAAAUGGAAAUUGAGAGCCUACUGCAAAACUCUGUUUGACCUAACGGCGUGCCGUAGUGGAUAAUAUCGUGAUUCUGAAGAUGGCGGCCACCAUGUCAAGAUGUGUCCCUGGACUGUUCAGGCCGCUGUCCACGCUAAUGAGGGGCUGCUGUCCCUCCGGGUUACUGAGCGCUAACGCGGCACACCAGACGCGCCGCUUGUCAGCCAUCUCACACGGACGCGUCCAGAGGGCAGUGCUGUCCACCGCGGCUGGCGGCCCACUGACCGCGCUGACGCCGCACGGAGGCAUCCUGACCCGCAUCUCGCCACUGCUUCCUGCGUUGCUGGCGCCCCCUAGCAGGAGUCUGACGUAUUACAGCCUGAAGUACGGCAAGCGGAAGACGUGCCGCUCCGUGCCCAAGCGCUUCCUGCGUCUGCACUGCGGCCUCUGGCUGCGCAGGAAGGCGGGCUACAAGAAGAAGCUGUGGAAGAAGAUGCCGACGAGGAAGAAGAGGCUGAGGGAACAUGUCUUCUGCAACAACACCCAGAGCAAGCUGCUGGACAAGAUGACCGGCCGCUUCUGGAAGAGACGGACCUGGUACCUGAACGACCCCUACCUGAAGUACCACGACCGCGUCAACACCAGGUGGUGAUGAGACUCGGCGUGGGGGGGUGUAAAUAUCCGUGUGUGUGUGUGUGUGUGUGUAAACGAGUCUCAUGUUCAAUCACGUUAUGUCAAAUAAAGGAUUGGGAUUAA